AUGGACGAUGGUGAUUGGAAAGACAAGGGCGGUGACAGUGAAGAUGACGAGAUGGACGAUGAUGAUUGGAGAGACGAGGGCGGUGACAGUGAUGAUGACGAGAAGAUUGACGAUGAUGAAUGGAAAGACGAAGGCGGUGACAGUGAAGAUGACGAGAUGGACGAUGAUGAUUGGAGAGACGAGGGCGGUGACAGUGAAGAUGACGAGAAGAUUGACGAUGAUGAAUGGAAAGACGAAGGCGGUGACAGUGAAGAUGACGAGAUGGACGAUGAUGAUUGGAAAGACGAGGGCAGUGACAGUGAAGAUGACGAGAUGGACGAUGAUGAUUGGAGAGACGAGGGCGGUGACAGUGAUGAUGACGAGAAGAUUGACGAUGAUGAAUGGAAAGACGAAGGCGGUUAG